AUGUCGUCGUCUCAGACAGUUUCGCUGAGCGGACAGAGUUCCGAAUUGGAAUGUAAUUUUUUCCCGCCCUUAGAAGUGGGGAGUAAAUCAGAAAUCGGGCUUCUGAGUAUACAAACAUAUAAUUCCAUACCCAACGUUGGGGCUGGAUGUGAUACUCUGCAUAUUAUUAACGGUAGCCAGCGAGUGACCACUAAGAUUAAAAUACCGACCGGUUGUUACGAAAUAAUUGCUUUGGAAGCUAAAAUACGUGAACUUUUAAAAGACAUUGGUGUACGUUUUUUCAGUCUGUCGACCGAUAACAGUACGCUUAAAUGCACACUGCAUUGUAAUAGUGAAAUCGACUUAAACGUCGACGGCAGCAUUGCACCGUUAUUGGGCUUCGAUAGACGAAUUUUGGAGUGCGAUCGUAGACAUGAAUCCGAUCGUGUGGUGAAAAUUAUGAAUGUCAACACGAUAAAAGUCGAAUGCAACUUGGCUUUGGGCUCAUUCGACAACGGUCGGCAAUCGCACACGAUACACGAAUUUUAA